CCCUUUAUGUCGUUUCAUAUCCUCUACAUAAAAUUCAAUCAUUUUGAUCAAUUUGCGUUUAAUUUCUUCGUGAAGGAAAAAAGGAAGAAGAUCGUCAUGUUGGCUAUAUUUCACAAGGCUUUUGCUCACCCACCUGAGGAGCUCAACAGUCCUGCGUCUUACAAUGGCAGCACGAAGCCUAAGCUUCCUGAUGAAACUCUCAAAGAGUUCCUUUCUCAUCAUCCUCACAACACCUUCUCCAUGAGCUUUGGAUCCGCCGCCGUUCUUGCCUAUGUUCGCCCCGACGGCCCUUUCUCACUUCAUCAACGGUUGUUCUGUGGGUUUGAAGACAUAUACUGCCUGUUCUUGGGGAGCUUGAAUAACUUGUGGUCUCUGAAUAAGCAGUAUGGUCUAACAAAGGGCACGAACGAGGCCAUGUUUGUGAUCGAAGCUUUCCGGACCCUUCGUGACAGGGGUCCAUACCCAGCUGACCAGGUUGUGAAGGAUCUUGAUGGGAGCUUUGCAUUUGUUGUCUAUGACAGCAAGGGUGGAACCGUCUUUGCUGCACUGGGUUCUGAUGGUGGAGUGAGACUGUAUUGGGGUACUGCAGCUGAUGGGUCUGUGGUGAUUUCUGAUGAUUUGGAGGUCAUCAAAGCUGGCUGUGCCAAAUCUUUUGCUCCCUUCCCAACAGGGUGUAUGUUCCACAGUGAGGGAGGGUUGAUGAGCUUUGAGCAUCCGAUGUACAAGAUGAAAGCAAUGCCAAGAGUAGAUAGUGAAGGGGCCGUGUGUGGGGCCAACUUCAAGGUUGAUAAGUACGCAAGGGUCAACAGCAUUCCACGUGUGGGAAGUGAAGCCGAUUGGACCGUUUGGGACUUGCAUUAGCGAAAUUUGGAUCCAUGUGCUGUCACACCAUAUCGUAGCCACGAAUUUACCCUUUUUUUUUUCUUUUUUUUUUUCUUCUUCUUCUUCUAAGUUCUUGUUUUUACUUUGUAUGUUUGUUUUUCCCCAUGAACGAACCUGUAUACAUAUUGGGAUGGAUCUGCAGUAAAUUAACCUCCUUUCUACAAUA